AUGGUCCCACAGCAGCUACAAGCUGGAGAAAACCUAACUCUUUGGUCUGGCUUCAUCCUCUUGGGCUUCUCUGAUGUCCCAGAGCUCCAAACUACCACCUUCAACAUUUUCUUACCUCUCUAUGUGUGCACAGUGCUGGCCAACCUGACCAUGGUGCUGCUGAUCAGCGCUGACCCCCAGCUCCACACUCCCAUGUAUUUCUUCUUGUCCCAUUUAGCUUUCAUUGAUUUUUGCCUUUCCACUGCUAUCAGCCCCAAAGCUCUGGAGACCUUCCUGCUGGGGAGAAGCCACAUCUCUUUCUUGGCUUGCUUUGCCCAGAUGUAUGUUUACCUUGCUCUGAUUGUCUCCGAGUGCUUCCUGCUGGGGGUGAUGGCUUGCGACCGGUACGUGGCUGUCUGCAAGCCUCUGCUUUAUGCCACCACCAUGUCCAGGGCGAGCUGCUGGAGCCUGAUGGUGCUGGUCUACACCACAGGCUUCCUCAGCUCCCUGCUGCACAUUGUCCUGGCAGGGAGGUUGUCCUUCUGCCAAGCCAGGAACAUCAACCACUUCUUCUGCGAGCUGCCCACCCUCCUGCUGCUCUCCUGCUCCGACACCGGCGUGAACGAGACCUUUCUGGUGGCCCACGCUGCCUUCAACAUCCUGAGCUCCUUCCUGGUAAUCCUGCUCUCCUACACCUACAUCCUCCACACCAUCCUGCAGAUCCCUUUGGCCAAGGGAAAGCUGAAAGCCUUCUCCACCUGCACUUCCCACUUGAUUGUGGUCACCACUUUCUAUGCUCCGGGGGUGGUUGUCUACGUGCAGCCUGGCCAGGCGUGCUGGAGGGACCAGGCAAAGCUGGUUGCAGCAUGUUACACCAUCCUCACCCCCACCCUCAACCCCCUCAUCUACAGCCUGAUGAACAAGGAGGUGAGGAAGGCACUCAGGAGGGUGUGGGUAAGGAAGCUGGUGCCACAGCUACCCCGGAUUUGGAAGGGUAUUUGA